AUGGUUGUAGAACUUUACUACGUUCCAAGUAGUCCACCAUGCAGGGCCGUCCUUCUGACUGCUAGAGCCAUCGAUUUGAAAAUGAAUCUGAAUUUCAUAAACGUUAUGGAAGGUGAACAAUUUGAACCUUACUUCUUGAAGAUGAAUCCACUUCACACUGUACCAACAAUGAAGGAUGGAGAUCUUAGUCUAGGAGAGAGCAGAGUCAUUAUGACUUAUUUAGUCAACAAAUAUGGAAAAACUGACGCACUAUAUCCAAAGGAUCCGAAGAAACGAGCGAUGGUAGAUCAGAGGUUGUACUUCGAAAUAGUAGCUCUGAAUCCGCAUAUCAGAGAUUACAUUUUUCCGGUGUUCUUUGAGGAAUCAGUACUAAACAAAUCUGCGAUUCCAGGUAUUUGCAGUGUUCUAAACAUUAUUAAUAAUCUUUUGGGUAAAACAGCUUUCUUCGCUGGAGAAACAUUGACAAUUGCUGAUCUAUCUUUAGUCACUUACAUAAGUACUUUGGAUGUACUUGAUUUUGAUUUGUCUCAAUACCAGAAUAUAAUAAAAUGGUAUGAGAGGGUUAAAAAAUCUGCGCCCGGUUACGAGGACGAAAAUGGAAAGAACGUUUUGAGUUUUAGGGAUAAAGUGCAUGAAUUAUGCAAAGGAAGAACUUAA